AUGGACUGCAACCUCUCUACAACAACAACAACAACAACAACCCCAAAGGCAUCUAACGGAUGUGUGGCGGUUGAGCGAUCAUUGGGAAGACCUGGCGAGGCACCACCCACACCCCUCCGCGCUACCUUCAGGGUCAGUUCGCGGACACUACGAUCCCGCAAACGAAGCCGGCAAGAAGACGAAAACGGAUACACACCAACCACGUCUACGAAGGUUAUCAUGAUACCCAGCAGCAUCUUGAUCGUUCCCUCCGACGAAGACGGGAGCGAGAGCUUCGCGGCAACCCCCCUCUCCCCAGGCUUCGACCUAGUCGACGUUGCCUUUUCGAACCUGGAAGAGUUUGAGGACACGGAAAUGGUUUCCUGGAAUGAUCGGAGACGGGGUAGCGGGCCCAUCAACUUCGACGCCAACAUGUCGACCAUGCGCAUGCCCUUUUCCUAUCAGCAUACACGCGGGGUAAGGAGAAGUGUGGUGGACAUGGUGGUUGCUACCGACUCGGCAGGAUUCGGGUCAGACGAGUGGUCCGUCAUUGCCGACGCAUCCAUGAUCCCGACCUAUGGACCGAGCGAUGUCAUGAAGCAGCCGAUUCAUCAGGCUAUUGUCAGGAGCUUUGUCUCGAGGUGUAGGGCGGCCAAGCGGAGGAUGAUGAUGACUUCUCGACGGCACUCAUGUCGGCUCAGUUUGACGGACAUGACUGCUGGCCAGCGUGUUUCUGUUGGUGCAGUACACUAA